AUGACUGUUCAAACUCUCAACCAGCUUCUGAGCAACGCAGCCAGCUCCAGCACAAACCGUGAGGUUGUGACCUACCCCAGCGGGUCAAUCGACAAGGAGGCCCAGCGGCUCACUUAUGGGGACCUUUAUACGCUGGUAAUCGGUAACGGCAAUCUCUUGCGCAACCUCAAUGUGUGUUCUGAUGGCUCUAUCGUUCUACUUCAUUUCGAAAAUCAUCUCGAUAAUAUUAUCUGGCUGUGGUCUGUUAUCCAUGCAGGAUGUGUCCCCGCCAUGUCGACUGGUUUUCCAAAAAGCACGGAUUCUUGUAAAAGGCAUCUGUGCCAUCUGAAUAGUCUUCUGGACAAUCCUGUUUGCCUAACGAGCUCGAAUAUACGGUCCAUAUUCCCAUCAGAUACUGAUCUCAAUAUUAUCGACGUUGAAACGCUUGGGAUACCCCGACAUAAUUCGCUCGGAGCAUUCGCUAGCCCUCUCAGUUCUAAGCCAGCUGAUACGGCUUUACUUAUGUUAACUUCUGGUAGCACCGGUCUACCGAAAGCAGUCUGCUUGACUCAUGGGCAGAUAAUUGCUUCCCUUCAGGGGAAAUGCGCGAUUCUACCCGUGAAGGAUGGCGGUGCCUUUUUGAAUUGGAUCCGGCUUGAUCAUGUCGGCAGCCUUAUUGAAAUACACCUCCUUUCUUUGUUCACCGGGACAGACCAAGUGCAUGUUCAACCGGAAGACAUCGUGUCCGAGCCAUCUACCUUUCUUCGGGUGAUCGAGCGACAUCACGUUGCUAGGACGUUUGCUCCGAAUUUUUUCCUUGCAGAACUUGAGCGCUUUUUUGAUUCCGCUGGCGCAGCAAGCGACAGCUUUAAUCUGAGCUCUCUGCAGGCCAUUGUGUCUGGAGGCGAAGGAAACGUGGUUUCGAACUGCUCUCGGGUCUCCCGUCGGCUUCAAGAACACGGCGCGCCUUCAAACGUCAUUGUGCCGGCUUUUGGCAUGACCGAAACAUGUGCUGGAUCGAUAUAUAACCUUUCAUUUCCCUCGCAUGACCUGGAGCAGAAGUAUGAAUUUGCAUCUGUUGGAUAUGGUGUCCCUGGGAUUGAAGUCCGCAUCACCUCCUCCGAGGGUGCAUUGACUGGUCCAGGCGAGGUUGGAAACCUCGAACUCAAGGGCCCUGCCGUAUUUUCCGCCUACCAUAACGAUCUGUUCGCGACUGAAGAAGCAUUCACGUCGGAUCGAUGGUUUAAAACCGGAGACAUGGCACUCACAGAUAAGAGUGGGAGGCUAGUCCUGGUCGGACGUACGAAGCAUGUCAUUUCAAUCAAUGGGGUCAAGUAUUACCCACAGACUCUCGAGGCUGCGAUCGAGGACGCAGGCAUAGAAGGGGUCACGGGAGGAGAUUUGGUGUGCUUUUCCCAACAUUCCCCUGGUGCUCCAACAGAAGCUGUUUGUAUCAUGUAUGUUCCUAGGUACCCAAAUGGGGAUCUUGAGGCCCGGCAUAACACGAUGAAAGCUAUUGGAAAAGCAGUUUUCAUGAUAACAAAUAGUCAUCCGAUCGUGUUGCCAGUGCAAAGGAUUGAAAGAUCAGCACUUGGAAAGAUAGAAAGAUCUGUCAUGUCCAGAGCGUUUGAAAAUGGCCAGUUCCAGGUUGAUCAGAUGAGGAACGCCGAAAUGAUCGAAAGAUAUCAGCGUUCGAUCUACCUGCCACCAGAAAACAACAUAGAGAGGAUAGUCUUGGAGGAAGUUGCAGAUGCUUUGAACGUGGAGCAAGAAUGCAUCAGUGCGACAACCAACAUUUUUGAGAUGGGAUUGACAUCCAUCAGCCUAAUCAAACUGCAAAGAUGUCUUCAAAGACGACUAGCCCUUGUCAAAGAAGUUCCCGUUGCCACCAUCAUCACGCAUUCAACAGUGCGCAGGUUAGCGGUGUCACUGCAAGAGCCUGAUGCAUAUACACCCUUUGUGCCGCUCCAAAUACAGGGCAAGAAACCCCCACUCUGGCUGAUACAUCCAGCAGCUGGCGAAGCACUCGUCUUCCUGAACCUGGCCAAGCAGAUUACUGAUCGCCCAGUAUUCAGCUUCCGCGCACGAGGAUUCAUUCCUGGUGAACCUUAUUUCUCCAGCCUGGAGGAGUGUAUUUCUAUCUACUACUCGAAUCUUAAAAAGCAACAGCCUCAAGGACCGUACUGCAUCAUGGGAUAUUCAUACGGCGCAAUGCUGGCUUUUGAGAUUGGCAAAAUUCUUGAACAGAAUGGCGACGAAGUACGCUUUUUGGCUAGCGUCAACCGCCCACCGCAUGUGCACCCACGUCUGCAGCAAGUGCAAUGGUCAGACUGUCUGCUCAAUCUGGCUUAUUUUGUGGACGUCAUAACAGAGGAUGUGUUCCGCACACUGUUGACUGAGUUAGCAGGCUUGUCCAAGGUAGACGCUAUCACGCGCCUCAUCCAUUCUGCGAACGCAUCCCGGUUGUCUAAUCUAGCGCUGGAUGAGCAGAAAUUGGAGAAUUGGGCAAAUGUCACCUUUAGUCUGCAAGAAAUCGCAAGGAAAUACCAACCUAAAGGGUCGGUCGAGCACCUGGACAUCUUUUAUUGCGAUCCACUUGAGAUGGUCGGGGCUACUAAGGAAGAAUGGUUGCAACGUUUGGGCAAAUGGCAAGACUUCUCAAGAAAGAAAAUUAAAUACUACGGGCUUCCGGGGAAGCAUCACGAUGUAUUUGGGCCCAGACAUGUACGAGAGUUGCACAAGUCGCUUGAACAGGCAAUGAUGGUGAGAGGCGUAUGA